AUGGCUCAACCAAACAAAUUUGAUCGCGAAGAGAUCUUGACAAACACUUCACUUCCGGAAGUUUACACCAAGCUGGUUAAAUUGGCCGAAGAGUUCUCUGUACUUGGUGAAAUCGAUACCGCCAAAGACUUAGUUUCACUGCUCCUCCAGGACACUACCUCGGAAUGGCAACGCAAGCAAGUCCAUCAUUUUGAGCCAUUCUUUGCAGCUGCCGACGUAUGGCCUAAUGAAAUUCCGGAGAAGGAAAGAAGUGAAGCAGUAUCUGACAAGACUGCAUCCAAGCAUGCCCUUGACAUCGACGAUGUUGAGGAACAAGAUGACAAAGGCAACCUCCAGGAGCAGAUAAAGAAGGCCCACCAAUUCGAUGCGGACGGAUCAGGCUUGGCUGAUGCCCUGUCAAGUGCCUUCAGGUUGGCCUGGAAGCAGACCCCCGACCUGGAAGAAGUCCAGAACAAUUCGAAAGUUCAAGAAGUCCUCGAACUCCUCGCUCAGAACUUGUACAAGCGAGGGAUCAUCUCGCGUCUUGCUGGACGCCAUGAUCUAAGUGGACUGCUAGCUACUGGUGUAUUGGCCCGAAAAGUCCCCGUUGAUAAGAAGAAGAUCGAGGCCCUCGGCAAAGAGGUCGUUGCGACAUUUGCAGAGCGUUUUAGCAAAGGUCGAAAACCACUGAAAAUAGAGUCAAAACCCAUGAAAGACGUACUCUUGGAGCUUGAACGGAACACGAAGCCCAAGUCCCUCGAAUACUGGGAAGAGAUGGACCAAGAUCCCCCGGCAACACUCUUUAACCUGCCACCAGCUACAGAUGAGCAGAUAUCAUCAUUGGAGAAGAGGCUCAAAGUAACACUGCCAGAUGACUACAAGGAAUUUCUGAAAAUCACCAAUGGAUUCGGAGGUACAUGGAACGGCUUUCACCUCGACCCUCCUCUCCAUAGCGUCGACGACGUUGAAUGGUCUGAUCCUCUAUUUGAAAUCCCUUUCGUUCAAUUUCAUGAAAGUAUCAGUGGAGUACUUAAGCUGGAUCUACCAAAGAGGGACGACUGGCCAAACUCCGGCCCAAAUAUUGAAAUUGGUCGUGAAGAUGUCCUCGGUAUUCUGCUCCUCACACCCGAGUGCACCAAGGCAGUCGUCGAAGCUUAUGACACAGCAUUCAAAGGGUCGGAUACCUCGGAAGAUGACAAGAAGCAGGAGAUGAAGGCCAUUGAAGCGCACUAUGGAAGCUACGAUAACAUGAAGAAGUUGGACUGGGCUACUAUCGAAUUUCAUGAUUCGGAGGACAUUCCAUGCGGGACGUUUCGGCAGUUUCUUGAGAACAGAUUGCGCAGAACAAAGACGGUGGGGUACCCGGACGAAAACUCAAAGGAGGCUGGAAGUCUGGCUUAUAGCUGCUUGGCUGAUAAUUCUUAA